AUGCACUCUUUACAAAAAGGGAUUCCAAGGAGCCAGGGCGGCCCAGAGGAAGAUAAUGGCAAACAGAAGUUGUUUGAGACGGCUACACCUUUACCCGUGUCUACCAAUUUACUUGGUUCUCUGACACCUGUUGAUGUGGACAAACUGAGGAGCAGACUUAUCUCAGCAGUACCCAGUCGACCACAGCCAAACCCGGAUGCUUUGGUGUUCCCUCACAGAACCAAAGCUCAGGAUAGAAAACGGACUGCACAGAGAUCAGCACAAGUUGAGAUGUUGCCAAUUCUGAAGAGACACAGUGGAAACACAAAACCAGAAAACACCUGGUUCAACUUGAGCCCUAAGAUGCCUUUUCCCUCUGAUGAGACCAAGUCAAAGAGACGACCCUCCCCAAUACACCUGCCCAGAAUUCCUGAGCAUGUCAAAGACAGACAGGUGCAGUUGACUCAGGGCACAUUCAGUGUCCCUUCCCCUACUAAAAAACCAAAGAGCUCAUCCAAAAGUAGCUCCAUUACUGUAUCGCCUCUGAGCCACAUCCCUUCACCACCACUGGCUGGUACGCUGCGGUUCAACUCUACAGAGGAAGUCAUCCAUGCCAAAAUUCGUUCCCCACUUGACAUCAUCCAGACCAUCCAGAAUAACCCUCACUUGGGCUUUCUCUACAUGACAUCGGCAGCAUCUAAAUCAUCAAACAAAUAUGAUACAUACAACCUUAAAAUCGUAACAUUUGACAAUAUCAACAAGUCAGACUACUAUACAAUCAGCACUCAUGCAGUGAUGCACUACUUUGGGGCUGAAGUGGAAUGUUUGCCCUUAGAGCGCUGGGAGCAAGAGUACCAAUAUCACCAGCAGCUCUUGCGCAUUCCUGUGUUUGCCCUCUUCCGCAAGUGGAAGGCUUUCCGUGUGUGGCGGGCCAAUGUGCGCUUCACAAAGAUCAGUAAAUGCAGUCGCUCCCUGCAAGAGCAGCUCUUCAUUCUCAAUGAGUCUCUGCGACCAGCGCUGAUUGACAUCAGGGAGAUGUGUUACCGUAUCAGUGACAUGCCUCUGUGUCGACUGGAGAAGGACCAUACAUAUUCACUGAAGGAGUUUCAGAGUGCACAAUACAAACAACUGGAGGAGGUGUCUUCUCGUCUUGAUAAGUUCAGGGUGCUGGUAAUGGAAGUGGCUAGAAGUGCCUGCCGAAAUGCUUUGAAAGAGUCUGGACACACACCUGACUAUGGAGAUUUGGAGACUGAUGGUAAUGAAGAGUUACCAUCACCUGGAUUUGGACUAUUCCUUGAGGAUGCACCUGAGAAGAUGUCUUACACUCAGCAAGCCCAAAAGAGAUACCAAUGCAAACGGCUUACUUGUUUCAUCAGACUAGCUGAUUACCUGAUUGUGAACACCAUGCACGCUCUCGUUUUCAACUCGGUUGGUAAGCUACUGAGUGUGUUUCAGGAGCAUAUUACACACACACCUUCACACGCCCUCAUUCAGAGCUGGGCAGGAAGCGAGUCCAGCCACAAUCCUGACAUAAAGGUUUCUACAGAGCAGAAUUUGGAUUCUCUUCACCAGCCAAUGUUCAUAUCUGAGUUGAUCCUGGACACACACUCCUUAUCAUAUCAGCCCUCUAUUGAUGACUUUCUGGAGUGUGUAGCAGAGAUUACCAGGCGGUUUCAGGAGACAGUAUUGUCUCUGGAUACUCUGGUGCAAGACUCCUACUUUGAUGCUUUUACUGAACCUAUUAUAAACAAAAAGGUAGAGGAGAAGACAUUUGAGAAUGGCCCAAGUCUUGAGGAAAUUCUGGAGGAGGACAAUGAUCUGCAGGACAUCAGCCUCAAUAUUAAUCAAUCUAUCCAGAUAGCGUUCAAUGCUGCCAAUGUGUAUGCAGAUACAUUUAAGCCGUUCAGACUGUUUUACCAAGAAAAUGAAUCCCUUGACCUGGAGGCCCUCAAAGAGCAGGACCAUGAGGUUGGGUUUUUUGAGGACAGUCUGGAAAAAUAUCAUCGGGAGCAUGAAGAGGCUUUAGCCAUCAAACAGAAAAGACCUCUGGGAAUUCUGCUAGUGGACACAACACAACUGAAGCACAAACUUGUACCGUCUCCACUGCGUUGCCUAGAGGCUAUUAAUGACAUCCUACCGCAGCUGGCGAAGAGAAAGAUGGAUCACAUAAUUGCUGAACUUCAGGAUGCCCAGUUCAAACUGGACUUUGUUCCCACGGUAACCAACGAAUACGUCAACUCCCUCAACUUCCUGGAAGAGAUUCAGAAGAGGAUUGAGGUGCUGGAAGAAGAGACUGAGACUAUCUGUCAGAUGUACAAGUUGAUCGAGUGUUACUCACUUCCCACCCCUCCUGAAGAUCUUGCCGUGUAUGCCACAUUGCUGCCGUGUGUAACUGGCAUAAGGCACACCAUAGACAAAGCGUUGGGAGAGCGGGAAUCUAAUGUGGACAAAUUUUGUCAACACCUCCAGCAAGACAUUAACCAACUAAACAACAAAGUGCAGGAAGUGAAAGAUCAAGCAGAGAACCAUCAGCUCCUUGACAUAGAUGCAGAUCGCUCUAACAUCCGCGUGCUGCUAGGAGAUAUUCAGAUUUCGGUGGAUGAGCUGCAGGCUCAAGCCUUCCAAUUUAAAACUAACCAAAAGAAUUUUAAGGUAGAGGUAACUAAAUAUGAGGCAUUAGAGCAACUGAGUGCUGAAGUGAAGCUGAAGCAGUUACUCUGGGAAUCGCUGGAAGAGUGGGAAAAUCUAGAGAACAGUUGGAUGCAGAAUAAGUUUGAUGAGUUGGACCCAGAAUUGCUGAGUAAGCAGGUGAUAAAAUUUUCCAAAUAUGUCAGCCAGCUGGAGAAAGGACUGCCACCAAACAAUGUGGUGCCUUGCCUCAAAGAGAAUGUCGAGAGCAUGCGAGAAAAGUUACCGGUGAUCACAGACCUGCGUAACCCAUGUCUGAAAGCUCGUCACUGGGAGAUGUUAGAGGCCAUUGUGGAAGCCAAACUACCGCAAGAUGAGCUGACUCUCGCUUCUCUACAACAACUCAACAUCUUCCACUUUGGACAGCAAAUACAGGAGGUGUCAGGACAAGCCUCAGGAGAAGCAUCUCUGGAAAAUAUUAUGAGCAAGAUUGAGGACUCCUGGAAGACAACAGAAUUUGUGGUGCUGUCUCAUCGGGACUCCAAAGAUGUGUUUAUCCUUGGCGCUACAGAUGAUAUUCAGGUGCUUCUGGAUGACAGUAUUGUCAAUGUGGCCACAGUUGCAUCAUCGCGUUAUGCAGGUCCCAUCAAGGCCAGAGUGGAAAAGUGGCAGAGACAGCUUUCCAUGUUCAGCCAGACCUUGGAUGAGUGGUUGACAUGUCAGAGAAACUGGCUUUAUCUAGAGAGUAUUUUCAAUGCUCCUGAUAUCCAGAGGCAGUUGCCUGCAGAGUCUAAGAUGUUCCUUCAAGUGGACAAGUCCUGGAAAGAGAUAAUGAGGAAGGUCAACCGCCUGCCCAAUGCCCUGCGUGCUGCCACACAAACAGGGCUACUGGAUGUAUUCCAGAAUAAUAACGCACUACUGGAGCGGGUUCAGAAAUGCCUUGAGGCUUAUCUAGAGUCCAAGAGAGUUAUCUUUCCACGGUUCUACUUCCUGUCUAAUGAUGAACUGUUGGAGAUUUUGGCUCAGACGCGGAACCCUCAGGCUGUGCAGCCUCAUUUGAGGAAAUGUUUUGAUGCUAUAUCCCAGUUGGAAUUCGGCCUGCUGUCCCCUGCUACACCUGGAGGGGUCGAGACUGUGAAACAGUACAAUAAUGACAUCUUAGCCAUGUUGUCACCCGAAGGAGAAAAGGUAACACUGGGGAAAGGGCUGAAAGCUCGUGGAAAUGUAGAGGACUGGCUGGGGAAGGUGGAGGAGGCCAUGUUCUCCUCUCUCAGAAGACUCAGCAAGGCUGCGAUUGCUGAUUACCAGAGCAAACCACGAGUGGAGUGGGUGGUGGCUGGGCAUCCCUCACAGGUGGUGUUGACCAUCUCUCAGCUGAUGUGGUGCAGAGACAUGGACAACUGCCUAGAGGGAGAUCAUGACCAUUAUCAGGCGCUCCAAGAAUUUGAGCUCAUCAACUUUGAGAGAUUGAAUGCUCUUGCUGCUUUGGUUCGUGGAAAUUUGCCCAGUCUUCAUCGGAAUAUCAUCACAGCUCUCAUUACCAUAGAUGUGCAUGCCAGAGACAUAGUCUCAGAGCUGGUCAAAGAGAAGGUGGACUCCAGUGAUAAUUUUGAGUGGCAAAGGCAGUUGCGGUAUUAUUGGGAUGUGGAUUUGGAUAACUGUGUUGCUCGGAUGGCUCUGUCUCAAUACAUCUAUGGAUAUGAGUAUCUGGGAGCAUGUCCUCGUCUGGUGAUCACCCCACUGACGGAUCGGUGUUACCUCUGCCUGAUGGGGGCGCUGCAGCUGGAUUUGGGUGGAGCUCCCGCUGGUCCUGCAGGCACAGGCAAGACUGAGACCACUAAAGACCUGGCCAAAGCUCUGGCCAUCCAGUGCGUGGUCUUUAACUGCUCAGAUGGACUCGACUAUAAGAUGAUGGGGACAUUCUUUAGUGGUUUGGCUCAAUCAGGUGCCUGGUGCUGCUUUGAUGAGUUCAAUCGCAUCAACAUUGAAGUGCUAUCUGUCAUCGCUCAACAACUCAUCACUAUCAGAAAUGCCAAGGCAGCCAAGUUGUCUCGGUUCAUGUUUGAGGGGAGAGAGAUCAAAUUGGUGAUGACGUGUGCUGCUUUUAUCACUAUGAACCCUGGUUAUGCUGGCAGAACUGAACUCCCUGACAACCUGAAAGCCCUUUUCAGACCCAUAGCCAUGAUGGUGCCCAACUACACACUUAUCGCUGAGGUGAUCCUGUACUCAGAGGGCUUUGAGUCCAGUAAGACUCUGGCGAGGAAGAUGACUCAGAUGUACAAGCUCUGCAGUGAGCAGCUCUCUCAGCAGGAUCACUAUGACUUUGGCAUGAGAGCUGUCAAAUCUGUGCUUGUUAUGGCAGGUUCUUUAAAAAGGGAAAACCCCCAUCUGAGUGAGGAUGUUGUGCUGAUCAGAGCUCUGCGAGACUCAAACCUGCCAAAGUUCCUCAAGGAUGAUGCAGUUCUUUUCAGUGGCAUACUCUCAGAUCUCUUUCCUGGCGUCACCAUCCCAGAGCACAACUACGGCAUACUACAGUCAACUAUUUACUCGUCCCUGUGUAAUCGCUCUCUCCAGCCGCUCCCUAGCAUGAUCAGCAAGGUCAUCCAGCUCUACGAGACCAUGCUGGUCCGCCAUGGGGUCAUGCUUGUUGGGCCCACCGGGGGUGGCAAGACCACCGUCUACCGCAUAUUGGCAGACACCUUGGAUACCCUGUAUAACGGUGGCCACCAGAACCCUUUUUACCGCCCUGUUAAGUCGUACGUGCUGAACCCAAAGUCAGUGAGCAUGGGUGAGCUUUACGGGGAGGUGAACCCGCUAACGUUGGAAUGGCGGGACGGCCUGAUGGCACUGUGUGUGCGGGGAGCAGUCCAGGACUCCAGUGAUGACCACAAAUGGGUGAUAAGUGAUGGGCCAGUAGAUGCGUUAUGGAUUGAGAAUAUGAACACAGUGCUGGAUGAUAAUAAGAUGCUCUGCUUGGCAAACAGUGAAAGAAUUAAGCUCACGCCUUCCAUACACAUGAUAUUUGAGGUGCAGGACCUGGCAGUGGCUUCUCCUGCCACAGUAAGCCGUUGUGGGAUGGUGUACAUUGACUCAGAGGAGCUUAAGUGGAUGCCGUAUGUUCAGACAUGGCUCACAGGCCUCGCUGAGAAGAUUACAGAGACUGUACGUCUAUAUCUGAUGGAGCUGUUUGAACGAUAUGUGGAGAAGGGUCUACAGUUUGUAUCAAAGCGCUGUGUGCAGGCCAUUGCACAGGUGGACAUCAGCAAAGUCACCACUCUCUGCUGCCUAUUGGAAUCGCUACUGUUCAGUGCCGGAUCCCCUAAACUUAACAUGGAGUUCAGUAAGUUAAACAGUGUAGUGUGUCAGACAUUUGUGUUCUGCUACCUGUGGGCAGUGGGGGGAAAUUUGAUUGAAAGCAACUGGGACACAUUCAACACCUUUGUCAGGCAGCAGUUUGAUGACAACGUUCAUUCAAAGUUGCCCAGUGAAGGUGAUUUGUGGAAUGUGUAUAUGAACUUUGACAUUAACUGUUUGGAGCCAUGGGAGAAGAUUAUUCCUUCCUUUAGCUAUAACAGCGAAAUGCCCUUCUUUGAGAUGCUGGUACCCACUACAGACACUGUGAGGUAUGGAUACCUGAUGGAAAAACUGCUGUCUGUUAAUCACUCCGUCCUCUUUACUGGCAUCACCGGAGUAGGGAAAUCUGUGGUGGCGCGCGCACUAUUAAACAGUGUGCAAGAAAAGGCAGGUUAUGUUCCUGUCUACAUCAACUUCUCUGCCCAAACUUCAUCAGCCAGAACCCAGGAGAUCAUUGAGUCAAAACUGGAGAAGAAGAGAAAGAAUAUUCUGGGUGCUCCUGCUAAUAAAAAGAUGGUGGUGUUUGUGGAUGACCUGAACAUGCCAAAGCUGGACUGUUAUGGCUCUCAGCCCCCUAUAGAACUGCUCAGACAGUUCCAGGACUUCCGUGGCUUUUAUGACAGAGAAAAGUUCUUCUGGAAGGAGAUACAUGAUAUGACCAUAGCUGCAGCCUGUGCUCCUCCUGGUGGAGGUCGUAACCCUGUAACCCCUCGUUUCAUCCGCCACUUCAGCAUGCUGUGCCUCCCAACACCCUCUGAGCACAGCCUCAAGCAGAUCUUUAAGGCCAUUUUGGGUGGUUUUCUCAGUGAAUUUUCCACAGCAGUAAAGCAGGCAGCAGACAGCAUUGUUGAUGCUGCUGUUGAGAUCUACCGCCGUAUGAGUGUAGACCUGCUGCCUACACCAGCCAAAUCCCACUACGUUUUCAACCUUAGGGAUCUCUCUAAAUGUGUUCAGGGUAUGCUGCAAUGUGAAUCCACUACGGUGAGAGAUCAGACACAGAUCUUCCGUUUGUUUUGUCACGAGUGUCAGCGUGUUUUCCAUGAUCGACUCAUCAACAAUGAGGAUAAGACCUACUUCAAUACCAUGAUCUCUGAGAUAGCCAGUAAAUAUUUCAGCAUAAACAUAGAGCCGAUGUACUUUGUGAAGCAGCCAAUCAUUUUUGGAGAUUUUAUCAAGAUUGGAGCAGACAGGGCUGACCGCAUCUAUGAGGAUCUAACAGACUUGGAUAAGAUUCGUCAAGUGCUGCAGGAAUACCUGGAUGACUACAACACCACCUUUGCCAAGGAAACUAAGCUUGUAUUCUUCCAAGAUGCCGUUGAACACGUGUCUAGAAUCGCCCGCAUGAUUCGGCAAGAACGUGGCAAUGCUCUUCUGGUUGGUAUUGGCGGCACAGGAAAACAAUCUCUAACACGUCUGGCUGCUCAUAUUUGUGGCUACCGCUGCUUUCAGAUCGAGUUGAGCCGUGGUUAUAGUUAUGAUAGCUUCCACGAAGACCUGCGUAAACUUUACAAAAUGGCAGGCAUAGAAGACCAGAACAUGGUCUUCCUCUUUACAGACACUCAGAUUGUGGUGGAAGAAUUCCUAGAAGAUAUUAAUAACAUGCUGAACUCUGGUGAAGUACCAAACCUGUUUGAAAAAGACGAACUGCAACAGGUGCUGGCUGCCAUUAGCCCCAAGGCCAAAGAAUUCGGCAUCUCAGAGGGAAAUAGGGAUGAGGUCUUCCAGUUCUUUAUCUCUCGUGUGCGCGAAAAGCUUCACAUAGUGCUGUGUAUGAGUCCUGUGGGCGACGCCUUCCGUUCACGCUGCCGCAUGUUCCCCUCUCUUGUUAACUGCUGCACCAUCGACUGGUUUGUACAGUGGCCUCGUGAAGCUCUGCUCUCUGUGUCCCAGACAUUCUUCCAGAAUGUGGAGUUUGGUAGUGAAGAAAUGAAGCAGUGUUUUUCAGAGAUGUGUGUGGAGAUUCAUAUUAGCGUCAAUGACAUGGCUGAACAAUUUUAUUCGGAACUGCGCAGAUACUACUACACCACUCCAACCUCCUAUUUAGAGCUCAUUAACCUGUACCUGAGCAUGCUGGGAGAAAAGAGACUGCAAUUGCAGGCGGCUCGAGAUCGUGUAAAAAAUGGUCUCACUAAACUGCUGGAGACAAAUAAGCUAGUUGAUAAGAUGAAGCAAGACCUCUCUGCUCUGGAGCCUGUGCUCAAACAGAAAUCAAUUGAUGUCAAUGAUCUCAUGGAGAAACUUGCUGUUGACCAAGAUAAAGCUGACCAGGUGCGUAGAGUUGUGAAGGAAGACGAAGCUUUUGCUCUGGUAAAGGCAGAAGAGACUCAGGCCAUUGCAGAUGAUGCACAGCGGGAUUUAGAUGAGGCUCUACCCGCUCUUGAAGCUAACAAGGCCCUGAACUCUCUGGAUAAAGCCGACAUUUCUGAGAUCCGCGUAUUCACCAAACCACCAGACCUUGUCACGACUGUAAUGGAGGCAGUAUGUAUCCUGCUUAAUAACAAGACAGACUGGGCCAGUGCAAAGCAGCUCCUGGGUGAAGGCAACUUCCUGAAAAAGCUAAUGGAUUAUAACAAGGACAAUAUCAGGCCUCAGAUUCUUCAGAAGCUGCAGAAAUACAUAAGUAAUCCAGACUUCGUGCCUGAAAAGGUGGAAAAAGUGUCUAAGGCCUGCAAGUCCAUGUGUAUGUGGGUGAGAGCCAUGGACCUGUACUCUAGAGUUCUGAAAGAGGUCGGGCCCAAACGCGAAAAGCUUGCUGCUGCUCAGGCUGAGUUGGACACAACAAUGUCCACCUUGAAAGAAAAGCAGGAGAAAUUGCAAGAGGUGGAGAACGAAAUCAAAGUGUUGCAGGAGCAGUUUGACUCCAGCGUGGCUGAGAAAGAGGGCCUGGCUAAAACCAUGGCUCUGACCGAAGCACGCCUGCGCCGGUCUGGAAAGUUAACGGCUGCUCUUGGGGAUGAGCAGGUACGAUGGCAGGAAAGCAUCGCUCUGUUUGAACAGGAGAUUUACAACGUCAUUGGAAAUGUCUUCAUAGCUGCAGCUUGUGUGGCUUAUUAUGGAGCCUUCACCUCCCAUUACAGACAAUUGCUAAUAGAUCACUGGAUCACACGCUGUCAAAUAUUGGGGAUCCCAAUUAGUGACAACUUCAGUCUCAUCAGUAUUCUAGGAGACCCUUACGAGAUCCGACAGUGGAAUGCUGAAGGGUUGCCGCGGGACACUGUCUCCACAGAAAAUGGAAUCCUUGUGAUGCGCGGACGUCGCUGGCCACUCAUGAUUGACCCUCAGGAUCAGGCAAAUCGUUGGAUACGGUCCAAAGAGACAAAGAAUGGUUUAAAGGUGAUCAAGCUAACAGAUGCCGGUUUCCUCCGAACACUUGAGAAUGCCAUCCGGCUUGGAAUGCCUGUCUUGUUGGAGGAGCUUAAAGAAACUCUGGAUCCUGCACUGGAGCCCAUUCUUCUGAAGCAGACAUUUGUGUCAGGUGGCAGAACUUUGAUCCGACUGGGAGAUUCUGACAUUGACUAUGAUAAAAACUUCCGUUUCUACAUGACCACCAAAAUGGCCAACCCCCACUACCUCCCAGAGGUUUGCAUCAAAGUGACCAUCAUCAACUUCACAGUUACCAAGUCUGGGCUGGAAGACCAAAUCCUCAGUGAUGUAGUCCGUCUGGAGCGUCCUGACCUGGAGGAGCAGAGAAACCAGCUGAUAGUUCGCAUCAAUGCAGACCGGAACCAGCUGAAAGCCAUUGAAGACCGAAUCCUCAAGCUGCUUUUCACCUCUGAGGGCAACAUCCUUGACAACGAGGAGCUUGUACAAACUUUACAAGAGUCCAAGGUGACAUCUCAGGCCAUUAAGUCUCGGCUGGAGGAGGCGGAGGCGACAGAGGAGAUGAUCAACACAGCCAGAGAGAAGUAUCGCCCUGUUGCCACACGUGGUUCCAUUAUGUACUUUGUCAUCGCCAGCCUGUCUGAGAUUGACCCCAUGUACCAGUUCUCACUAAAGUACUUUAAACAGUUAUUCAACAAUACUAUAGAGUCAGCAGAGAAACACAAAGAUCUAAGCAUUAGACUACAGAUCCUUUUGGAGCAGACUCUGCUGAGCGCUUACACAAAUGUGUCCCGUGGCCUCUUUGAGCAGCACAAGACCAUCUACAGCUUCAUGCUGUGCGUAGAGAUCAUGAUGCAGAGACGAGAAAUCUCCAAGCAGGAGUGGCAGUACUUUCUGCGAGGGGCUCGUGGCAUGGAGAAGGAAUUUCCAGAGAAACCAGAAGUGCAAUGGUUGUCUGAUUUUGCCUGGGAGACAUGUUGCAAUCUAGAAGACAGACUGCUAUGCUUUAGUGGCAUUAAGAAAGAAAUUAUAUCCACACCAAUUUCUGUCAAACUGGGGCAAUUGGAGGUAACGGUAAACCCAGAAGAAUGGGAGGGGUAUGUCACUGCUCUUUCCCCUUACUCAGAGAAACAACCACAGGUCAGAGGUCACUGGAACCAGCGGCUUGGUGCCUUCCAGAAACUCAUCCUCAUCAAGAGUUUUAUGGAAGAGAAGGUUGUGUUUGCAGUGACUGAGUUUGUUAUCACUAGUUUGGGAAAACAGUUUGUUGAGAAUCCCCCAGUGGACCUGGCAACGCUGUACACAGACAUGUCUCCAUCCACUCCUCUGGUCUUCAUUCUCAGCACGGGCUCAGAUCCAAUGGGAGCGUUCCAGCGGUUCGCCAAUGAGAGAGGAUAUCAGGAUCGGGUCAAAUCUAUCUCGCUGGGUCAGGGUCAGGGGCCAAUAGCUGAAAGGAUGAUUCUGGAAGCUCUAAAGAUCGGCAGCUGGAUAUUUCUGCAAAACUGUCAUCUUGCUGUGUCCUGGAUGCUGGCAAUGGAGGAACUUAUCAAAUCCUUUAUUGAACCUGACACAGUUAUCCAUGAAGACUUCAGACUCUUCCUCAGCUCAAUGCCGUCCAAUGCGUUUCCUGUCACUGUUUUGCAAAACUCUGUCAAGGUAACUAAUGAGCCGCCAAAGGGUCUUCGUGCAAACGUGAGACGAGCCUUUACUGAGAUCAGCAGUGCAUUCUUUGAGGAGCACAUCCUUGGCAGGAAAUGGAGAAAAGUAAUCUUUGGAGUGUGUUUCUUCCACGCCGUCAUUCAGGAGAGAAAGAAAUUUGGUCCUCUGGGCUGGAACAUCCGGUAUGAAUUCAAUGACAGUGACAGAGAAUAUGCUCUUCUCAACCUAAACCUCUACUGUCAGACAGGACAUAUACCCUGGGAUGCUCUCACAUACAUCACAGGUCAGAUUACGUAUGGAGGCAGGGUGACAGAUGCCUGGGAUCAGCGGUGCUUGCAUACUAUCCUUAAGGUUUUCUUCUCCCCGGCCACAUUAGAGGAGAGCUACACCUACUCUAAAUCAGGGAUUUAUUUUGCUCCUGAUUCAGACAGCCUGACUGAAUAUAAGCAACACAUUGAGAAUCUGCCUCUGAAUGAUGAUCCAGAGAUCUUUGGCAUGCAUGAAAACGCCAACCUGGCAUUCCAGAGGCAGGAGACAAUGACGCUGAUCUGUACCAUUCUGGAGGUCCAGCCCCGCUCAUCUGCAGCAGGUGGAGGGAAGAGUAAUGAUGAGCUGGUCCAUGAACUGGCUGACUCCAUCUUAGCUAGAAUCCCUGAGAAGUUGGAUAUGGAUGCAGCAGUGGAGAGUCUGUUUAUGCAAGACUCCAACGGUAGACUCAAUUCUCUGACCACUGUGCUUGGACAGGAAGUAGACCGAUUUAACUUCCUGUUGCGAGUGCUCAAGACUUCACUUUGUACUCUGCAAAAGGCAAUAGCAGGUCUAGUGGUGAUGUCAGAAGAAAUGGAGAAGAUCUAUAACAGUUUCCUGAAUAACCAUGUUCCAGAUCACUGGUCUAAUGCUGCUUACCCUUCCCUUAAACCUCUUGGCAGCUGGGUUAAAGACCUCACCCUGCGCACAGCUUUUGUAGAGAGUUGGAUCACAAGGGGUCCGCCUAAGUCUUUCUGGAUUUCUGGCUUCUUUUUUCCCCAAGGAUUUCUCACAGGGGCACUGCAAAAUCACGCACGCAAGUACAACCUGCCCAUUGAUGAGCUGAAUUUUCGUUUCAACAUGGUGCCAGUGUACAGAGACCAGACUCUUGUCACUGAAGCACUGAAAAUCCUCGAUCUAGGGAAAGAACUUGACAUGGACAAAGAGCUUCCCACUAUAGAGGAUGGGGUCUUGGUUCAUGGAAUGUUCAUGGAUGCUUGUCGCUGGGAUGACAUAAACAUGGUUAUUGAAGAUGCGUUGUCAAGGGUGAUGAACCACAUUCUGCCCGUGGUGCAUUUUGAACCUCAGCAAAACUAUGUUCCUGAACCCACCCUCUACCAGGCACCACUGUACAAGACCUCUGCUCGAGCUGGAACUCUGUCUACUACAGGACACUCUACAAAUUUUGUGGUAACUGUGAUGUUGCCAUCCAACCGGCCCAGUGACUACUGGAUCUCAAAAGCCUCUGCACUACUUUGCCAACUCAAUGAGUGAGCACAGCCACAGUAUAUGCUUUACUUUUCACAGUGAUAUAAAAAUCAGCUGUAAAUGAA